GCGUGUAACGCUGCAGAUACACAUAAAGAAGAAGGGCGGGCUGUUGCGUCUGCGACUGACAUGCUAACAACAAGUCAGGUUAGCAGCACCUGAGACCAACAUCGUGAAGCCUGCUGCCAAUAUUAUUUGUCACUUGCAGCCACAAAAGGCACAUCUGAUUGUAGGACGCAAACAAGAAUAUAUUUGAACUUGGUGAAAUGGCAGACCCUGGCCUUAGUAGAGACUGUCCCCUUGACUGCAAAGUUUAUGUUGGGAAUCUAGGAAACAAUGGAAACAAAACAGAAUUAGAAAGAGCUUUUGGCUACUAUGGACCUUUAAGAAGUGUUUGGGUUGCCAGGAAUCCCCCCGGCUUUGCUUUUGUAGAGUUUGAAGAUCCUAGAGAUGCAUCAGAUGCCGUGAGGGAACUGGAUGGAAGAAACAUGUGUGGCUGUCGAGUGCGUGUGGAGUUAUCCACCGGGCAAAAGCGCUCCAGGAGCCGAGGUCCCCCUCCAUCCUGGAGUAGACGCCCUCGUGAAGAUGUAAGACGACGAGGUAGUCCUCCAGUCCGACGCAGAUCCCCGAAGAGGAGGAGUCUAAGCCGCAGUCGCAGCAGGUCUCUUUCGAGAGACAGACGCAGAUAUCGGUCUCUCUCCAGAGACAAGAAUCAUAAGCGCUCAAGAUCAAUCUCACGGUCUAGGAGUCGUUCCACGUCUGAGAGGAAAGAAAGACCAUAAACGAUGGUUCAUCAGCAGGAUCCUGCUACGUUUGUGAAAAACUACGGUUUUUAUAGUUAUGUUUUUCUUUUUAAAUUGUGUUUGCCAGCUCAAGGCAGUCUUAGGUUGGUAAUGAGUUCAUGUAAUAGCAGUCUGUCAAAUUAACAGCAAAGGACCAGAAGUGUUCAUCUUUCAGUUUUCAUGGAAAUAUUUACCCAUUUCACUGGAACAUUUUUGUUUAAUUUGCUCUAUAAAGAAUACAGAAUUAUUUCUUCCCCUGCAUGUUUUGAAAUGGAUAACUGGGUUUAGGUUUACAUUACCAUCCUGUUUUAAGAGGUUCGUAUAAUGUUUUUAUUUGUUUUUGUUGAGGUUUUUUAUUUUUAUUUUAUUUUAUUUUUAAAUAAAUCUUGGUCUAUUCUUUGGUUACUGGCGUUGGGUUGCUGUGAGCUGCAUCACUAUGUAUACUUUAUACUCGUGACAGAAAGCGAACUGGCAACACAUGUUGUAAAUAAUGGUGCUGCUACUUGCAGGUUAUCCUUGAAGCCUAAAACAUCAUCUUUAAGUCUGUAUUUUACCUGUGUCACUUUUGCAAAAGAAGGCAUUUAUUCAACUUUGCAUGGUUCUCUGAGCUCUGACAAUUGUGCUGAUGCAGUUUAACAAUGUGUUCAAUAAAUGUUUUUUCAAGGUGA